UUUCUCUUGUUCUUGCUCAAAUUCAUCUUGCAAAUAGUUAAUUGAAAACAUGUGUGCAUUUUCAAGUCAACAACAAAUUCUACCUUUACAAAUGAAACCACAACCAAUCAUAAAUUUUCAAAAUAACGUUGAAAACAAUAUCUGUUUUCUUGGUCAUGGCUGAUAAAUAGAAGUUAGCUUAUCUAGGCCAUCUUCCUCCUCCAAGCAACAUAGAAAACCAAACAUUUUCAGCUCACCAAAUUGAAACCAUUUUUUUGGGUUAAAAGAAAAUGUAGAAACAAACAAGCCAACUUUGCAUGCCUUUUGUUGCCUUAUAUUGCAUGACUAUUCCACUUAUUAUCACCUUUUUUAACCAAAACUUCCUCCAAUGUUUUCCAAUGCAAUUCCAUUCCUUCAUCACAAACCUAUGAUGGAUUCCAGCAACCUCUCCUCCUCCUCCUCCUCCCUGCCCCCUCUAAUUUCCUCCGGGAAGUUCGGGUUCCGGCAGCUCCUCGAUGUCCAAAUCUUAGAGAUCUUCUUUGCUCUUUUCGUGUUCCUGGCCAUCCAUGUCGUUAGACAGAAGCGACGUUACGGCUUGCCAGUGUGGCCAGUUGUUGGGAUGUUACCAGCUCUGAUCACGGCGGCGCGUGGGAACCUAUACGAAUGGAUAACUGAACUCCUCCGCCGCCACAAGGGGACAUUUCAAUUUCACGGCCCGUGGCUGAGCAGCCUCAACUGCGUCGUCACCGCCGAUCCACGGAACUUGGAGCAUCUUCUCAAGACCAAAUUUCCCUCCUACCCUAAAGGGCCGUUCUUCCGCGACACGGUGAGGGACCUCCUCGGGGACGGGAUAUUCGGCGCCGACGAUGAGACGUGGCAGAGACAGAGGAAGACGGCGAGUAUAGAGUUUCACUCGGCAAAGUUCCGGCGGAUGACGGUGGAGUCGCUGGUGGAGCUGGUGCACCGGAGGCUUGAAGGGGUGUUGGAGGAUUACGCCGGACGGCCGGCGGCUGUGGACCUGCAGGAUGUGCUUCUGAGGCUGACGUUCGAUAAUGUGUGUAUGAUUGCCUUUGGGGUGGAUCCCGGCUGCUUGCGCGGCGGCUUGCCGGAGAUUCCAUUUGCUAAGGCUUUUGAGGACGCUACAGAGGCCACUGUGUUGCGCUUCAUCACACCUACAUUCAUAUGGAAAGCCAUGAGGUACCUGAACUUGGGAAUGGAGAAGAAGCUGAAGCUAUCGAUAAAGGCCGUCGACGAAUUUGCAGAGAACGUGAUUCGAACACGGAAGAGAGAACUCUCCGCGGCGGCGCAACCGCAAGCCGAGAAUCAAAGAUCCGAUCUAUUGACCGUGUUCAUGAGGCUGCGGGACGAGCAAGGGCGGCCAUUCUCCGACAAGUUCCUCAGAGAUAUCUGCGUCAAUUUCAUACUCGCAGGACGAGACACAUCUUCUGUCGCAUUAACCUGGUUUUUCUGGUUGCUCGAUCAAAAUCCUGAUGUGGAAGAGAAAACUCUCGCAGAGAUUUGCCGAAUCGUCGGCGAACGAGAAGAGGCCCAAACCGGAGAGCUUCGAUUCGAUUCGUUGAUGUUCAAGCCAGAGGAAAUCAAGAAAAUGGAGUAUUUGCACGCCGCAAUUUCCGAAGCCCUAAGAUUGUAUCCUUCAGUACCCGUCGAUCAUAAAGAGGUCGUGGAGGACGAUGUAUUCCCCGACGGAACGAUUCUGAAGAAAGGAACGAAAAUCAUCUACGCAAUAUACGCGAUGGGAAGAAUGGAAGCGAUUUGGGGGAAAGAUUGUCGCGAAUUCAAACCUGAGAGAUGGAUGAGAGACGGCCGGUUCAUGAGCGAAUCGGCGUAUCGAUUCGCCGCCUUCAACGGCGGACCUCGGCUGUGUCUAGGAAAGGAUUUCGCGUACUACCAAAUGAAGUACGUCGCCGCUUCGAUCAUCCGCCGGUACCGGGUGACGGUGGCGGCGGGCCAUCCGGUGGAGCCGAAGCUUGCCCUAACUUUCUACAUGAAGCACGGGCUGAAGGUCAAUUUGAUUAAGCGCGAAGAGGGGCAGAUUCGGAAAUUCAUGAAGUUAAAUUGAUUAAAGCCCUAAAAAUUCCAUGGGAGUGUUAAUAAUUUGGAAUAAUUGUAAUUUCUUUUUGUUCCUUUUCUUUUUUCAGAUUGGAUGAAAAAUGUUUCGUUGUAUUGUUUUUAGAAAAAAAGAGUGAGAAAAGGAAAAUUUAGGGCUGGAAUUAUGCUUUGAUUGAUAUAUUUUGGUUUCGGGAUUAUGUACUUAUGUAGUAAAUAAAUGACUUUGACAUGAAUGUAUAUUUUUCAAACUUUUUUUUUA